AUGUCUCUAGCCAAAUCUGCUGCCAACAAAAUAGACUGGAGUAAGGUCAUUUCCUCUUUGAAGUUGACCGGUAAGACUGCCACCCAAUUGUCUUCUUUCAAGAAGAGAAACGAUGAAGCUCGUAGACAAUUGUUGGAAUUGCAAAGUCAACCAACUACUGUUGACUUUUCCCACUACAGAUCUGUUUUGAAGAACACCGAAGUUGUUGACAAGAUUGAACAAUUCUACAAGUCGUACAAGCCAGUUUCAGUUGACGUUUCCAAGCAACUGUCCACUAUUGAGGCUUUCGAAUCGCAAGCUAUUGAGAAUGCAGUUGAGACCGAGAAGUUGGUUGCACAAGAAUUGAAGGACUUGAAGGAGACUUUGAGCAACAUCGAGUCUGCUAGACCAUUCGAGCAAUUGACUGUUGACGAGUUGGCCAAGGCCAGACCAGAGAUUGAUGCCAAGGUUGAGGAGAUGGUUAAGAAGGGUAGAUGGGAUGUUCCAGGUUACAAGGAGAAGUUCGGUGAUUUGACUGUUAUGUAA